GUGGCAGGUGUCUAACAUGCCAGGGAGCUAAAACAGGGUGUGCAAGUUUCAGCAGCAGGUUGAAUUUAGAAUGGGGAAGGAGACCAGAGGAGACGCCAGACAGGAUGACUUUGUCCCAUUGGCCUGGAGGCAGACCCAUGUUUCUCCACCCCUCAUAUCACCCACCAGUUUGUGAUAGUAUCUUUGAAUGAUGAUCUGAUUAAGGUCCGUCUCCUCCAUUAGUCCACAAGUUUUGGGGGUACAUCUACUUUGCUCAUUUCCAUAUCACCAGAGUCUAGCACAAGGCCUGGCACACAGUAGGUGCUCAAUAAAUGUUAGAUGAAAGGAAGAUAAUACCUCUAUGUAUUAGCAGUGAGACUCCAGCAUGCAAUUUCUUUCUGUCCUUCAGUCUCUUCAUCUCAAGGUUUAAUUUAAAUAUGGUAACGCCUGUAUGCAACUCCCAGCAUCCAGUAGGCACUCACUAAACACAGUUCUCCACCUUCCUUUUUUCCUCUGCCCCUCCCUCGGUUUUCCCACUGCUUCCUGCAUGGUGACACACCCAUAGUCUGGAGCCAUAAAACCCAACCCAGGUUGGACUCUUACCUCUCCAGCCCCUUCUGCUCAGGCCCUGUCCUCAAAACUGGGGGGCUGAUGUCCCCAUACACCUGCCUCUGGGUUCCCCUAACCCCAGAGUGCAGGACUGGGACCCGAGUGGACCUCAGGUCUGGCCAGGUCGCCAUUGCCAUGGAGACAGCAACAGUCCCCAGCCGCAGGUUCCCUAAGUGACUGGUUACUCUUUAACGUAUCCACCCACCUUGGGUGAUUAGAAGAAUCAAUAAGAUAACCGGGCGGUGGCAGCUGGCCGCACUCACCGCUUUCCUGGUGGACUGGCUCCUGGUGGCUCUGCUGCUGCUGUGAGCGGGCCCCUGCUCCUCCAUGCCCCCGGGUCUCCGGCUGGGUGGGCUUGGCCAUGGUCAGUGUGAACGCGCCCCUCGGGGCUCCAGUGGAGAGUUCUUAUGACACGUCCCCGUCAGAAGGCACCAACCUCAACGCGCCCAACAGCCUGGGUGUCAGCGCCCUGUGUGCCAUCUGCGGGGACCGGGCCACAGGCAAACACUACGGCGCCUCGAGCUGUGACGGCUGCAAGGGCUUCUUCCGGAGGAGCGUGCGGAAGAACCACAUGUACUCCUGCAGAUUUAGCCGGCAGUGCGUGGUGGACAAAGACAAGAGGAACCAGUGCCGCUACUGCAGGCUCAAGAAAUGCUUCCGGGCUGGCAUGAAGAAGGAAGCCGUCCAAAAUGAGCGGGACCGGAUCAGCACUCGAAGGUCAAGCUAUGAGGACAGCAGCCUGCCCUCCAUCAAUGCGCUCCUGCAGGCGGAGGUCCUGUCCCGACAGAUCACCUCCCCCGUCUCCGGGAUCAACGGCGACAUUCGGGCGAAGAAGAUCGCCAGCAUCGCAGACGUGUGUGAGUCCAUGAAGGAGCAGCUGCUGGUUCUCGUUGAGUGGGCCAAGUACAUCCCGGCUUUCUGCGAGCUACCCCUGGACGACCAGGUGGCCCUGCUCAGAGCCCAUGCUGGCGAGCACCUGCUGCUCGGAGCCACCAAGCGAUCCAUGGUGUUCAAGGACGUGCUGCUCCUAGGCAAUGACUACAUUGUCCCUCGGCACUGCCCGGAGCUGGCGGAGAUGAGCCGGGUGUCCAUACGCAUCCUUGACGAGCUGGUGCUGCCCUUCCAGGAGCUGCAGAUCGAUGACAAUGAGUAUGCCUACCUCAAAGCCAUCAUCUUCUUUGACCCAGAUGCCAAGGGGCUGAGCGAUCCAGGGAAGAUCAAGCGGCUGCGUUCCCAGGUGCAGGUGAGCUUGGAGGACUACAUCAACGACCGCCAGUAUGAUUCGCGUGGCCGUUUUGGAGAACUGCUGCUGCUGCUGCCCACUCUGCAGAGCAUCACCUGGCAGAUGAUCGAGCAGAUCCAGUUCAUCAAGCUCUUUGGCAUGGCCAAGAUUGACAACCUGUUGCAGGAGAUGCUGCUGGGAGGGUCCUCCAGCGAUGCACCCCAUGCCCACCACCCCCUGCACCCUCACCUGAUGCAGGAACACAUGGGAACCAACGUCAUCGUUGCCAACACAAUGCCCACUCACCUCAGCAACGGACAGAUGUCCACCCCUGAGACCCCACAGCCCUCACCGCCAGGUGGCUCAGGGUCUGAGCCCUAUAAGCUCCUACCGGGAGCCGUCGCCACAAUUGUCAAGCCCCUCUCUGCCAUCCCCCAGCCGACCAUCACCAAGCAGGAAGUUAUCUAGCAAGCCGCUGGGGCUUGGGGGCUCCACUGGCUCCCCCCAGCCCCCUAAGAGAGCGCCUGGUGAUCACGUGGUCACGGCAAAGGAAGACGUGAUGCCAGGACCGGUCCCAGAGCAGGAAUGGGAAGGAUGAAGGGCCGGAGAACAUGGCCUAAGGGCCACAUCCCACUGCCACCCUUGACGCUCUGCUCUGGAUAACGAGACUUUGACUUGGGGAGACCUCUACUGCCCUGGACAACUUUUCUCAUGUUGAAGCCACUGCCUUCACCUUCACCUUCACCUUCAUCCAUGUCCAACCCCCGCCUUCACCCCAAAGGACAGCCGUCUGGAAAUGACUUGAGGCCUUACUUAAACCCAGCUCCCUUCUUCCCUAGCCUGGUGCUUCUCCUCUCCUAGCCCCGGUCAUGGUGUCCAAACACAGCCCUGUGUCCAGACAGAGCCCUGUGAGGCUGGGUCCAAUUGCGGCACUUGGGGCACCUCGCUCCUCCUUCUGCUGCUGCCCCCACCUCUUUCCCUCUGCUGUUGCCUUGCUCAGCCAUCCCGUCUUCUCCAACACCACCUCUCCAGAGGCCAAGGAGGCCUUGGAAACGAUUCCCCCAGUCAUUCUGGGAACAUGUUGUAAGCACUGACUGGGGCCAGGCACCAGGUAGGGUCUCGAAGGCUGUGGUGAGGGAAGACGCCUUUCUCCUCCAACCCCACCGCAUCCUCCUUCUUCAGGGACUUGGGUGGGUAUUCAGGGUGAGGAUCCCUGCAGCCCUUCAACCGGAGAAAACAAGCCCAGGUUGGCAACUGCAACAGGAACUUGGAGUGGAGAGAAAAAGCAUCAGAAAGAGGCAGACCAUCCACCAGGCCUUUGAGAAAGGGUAGAGUUCUGGCUGGUAGAGCAGGUGAGACGGGACAUUCCAAAGAACGGCCUGAGCCAAGGCCUCGUGGUAGGAAGAAUCUAGCAAGAACUGAGGAAGAAUGGUGUGGGAGAGGGAUGAUGAAGAGAGAGAGGGCCUGCUGGAGAGCAUAGGGUCUGGAAUGCCAGGCUGAGGUCCUGAUCAGCUUCAAGGAGUAUGCAGGGAACGGGGCUUCCAGAAAAUGAACACAGCAGUUCUGCAGAGGAUGGGAGGCUGGGAGCUGGGAGGUCAGGUGGGGUGGAUGAUAUAAUGCAGGUGAGAGUAAUGAGGCUUGGGGCUGGAGAGGACAAGAUGGGUAAACCCUCACAUCAGAGUGACAUCCAGGAGGAAUGAUCUCCCAGGGCCUGUCUCAAGCUCUUCCUUACUCCCAGGCACUGUCUUAAGGCAUCUGACAUGCAUCAUCUCAUUUAAUCCUCCCUUCCUCCCUAUUAACCUAGAGAUUGUUUUUGUUUUUUAUUCUCCUCCUCCCUCCCCACCCUCACCCGCCCCACCCCCUCCUAACCUAGAGAUUGUUACAGAAGAAGAAAUUGCAUUCUAAGAGGUGAAGUGAUUUUUUUUCUGAAACUCACACAACUGGGAAGUGGCUGAGUCAGGACUUGAACCCAGGUCUCCCUGGAUCAGAACAGGAGCCACCACAGUGGCUGAAUAGCUUCUCCAAAGGCUCCCUGUGUUCUCACCGUGAUCAAGUUGAGGGGCUUCCGGCUCCCUUCUCCAGCCUCAGAAACAAGACUCGUUCUUCUGGGAACCCUGCCCACUCCCAGGACCAAGAUUGGCCUGAGGCUGCACUAAAAUUCACUUAGGGUCGAGCAUCCUGUUUGCUGAUAAAUAUUAAGGAGAAUUCAUGACUCUUGACAGCUUUUCUCUCUUCACUCCCCAAGUCUAGGGGAGGGGUGGCAGGGGUCUGUUUCCUGGGAGUCAGGCUCAUCUGGCCUGUUGGCGUGGGGAUGGGACAGUGUGCACAGUGUCGGGGCAGGGGAGGGCUAAGCAGGCCUGGGUUUGAGGCCUGCUCUGGAGACCGUCACUCCAGGUGCAUUCUGGAAGCAUUAGACCCCAGGAUGGAGCAACCAGCAUGUCAUCCAUGUGGAAUCUUGGUGGCUUUGAGGACAUUCUGGAAAAUGCCACUGACCAGUGUGAACAAAAGGGAUGUGUUAUGGGGCUGGAGGUGUGAUUAGGUAGGAGGGAAACUGUUGGACCGACUCCUGCCUCCCACUCAACACUGACCCCUCUGAGUGGUUGGAGGUGGUGACCCAGUGCCCAGAAACCCCACCAUUAGUGACUGUUUUUUAUGAGAAAGAGGCAUGGAGAAGUAUUGGGGCAAUGUGUCAGGGAGGAAUCACCACAUCCCUACGGCAGUCCCAGCCAAGCCCCCAAUCCCAGAGGAGACUGCGCCCUGCUCAGAUCUCCCAAGCCUUCCCCCACCACCUCACUCAAGUGCCCCUGAAAUCCCUGCCAGAUGGCUCAGCCUGGUCUGUGGUAAGACAGGGAGGCUGGAACCAUUUCUGGGCAUUGUGAUCAUUCCUGCUUUGUUCCUCCACCUCCUCCCCCAGCAUUGCUCAGACCUCCAUCUUGGGAGAAAGGUUGAGAUAAGAAUGUCCCAUGGAGUGCCGUGGGCAACAGUGGCCCUUCAUGGGAACAAUCUAUUGGAGCCAGGGGUCAGUUCUCUGCUGGGAAUGUACCCCUUUCUGGAGGAGAAACCCAUUCCACCUUAAUAACUUUAUUGUAAUGUGAGAAACACAAAACAAAGUUUACUUUUUUGACUCUAAGCUGACAUGAUAUUAGAAAAUCUCUCUCUCGCUCUCUUUUUUUUUUUUUGGCUACUUGAGUUGUGGUCCUAAAGCAUAAAAUCUGAUGGAGAAACAGAGGGUUGCUGGGGGGACAAGCGUGGGCACAAUUUCCCCACCAAGACACCCUGAUCUUCAGGCAGGUCUCAGGAGCUUCUAAAAAUCCGCAUGGCUCUCCUGAGAGUGGACAGAGGAGAGGAGAGGGUCAGAAAUGAACGCUCUUCUAUUUCUUGUCAUUACCAAGCCAAUUACUUUUGCCAAAUUUUUCUGUGAUCUGCCCCGAUUAAGAUGAAUUGUGAAAUUUACACCAAGCAAUUAUCAAAGCGGGCUGGGUCCCAUCAGAACGACCCACAUCUUUCUGUGGGUGUGAAUGUCACUAGGUCCUGCGCUGACCCCUGAGCCCCCAUCACUGCCGCCUGAUGGGGCAAAGAAACAAAAAACAUUUCUUACUCUUGUGUGUUUUAACAAAAGUUUAUAAAACAAAAUAAAUGGCGCAUAUGUUUUCUAAGUCCUUGGAUGAGUAUCUUUUCUUUCAGGUAUCAGAAAUAAGACUGAAUCUUCUGGUUCUACUUGGGAGUUAAAAAAAAUUUUUUAAGGGAAGAAUGAGAAUAGUUUUAUAGUUCUUUGUGAUGUGCAGAAUGUUUUUGUAUCCAUUAUAAUUUUUCAGUCUUCACAUCAAGAGGUAAGCAGUUAGACAUGAUUACUCCCACUUUCCAGAUGAGGAGACUGAGGCUUGGGGAAAUUGACAUCUCUUGGGAGGCAGAGGUGGACAUCUAACCCUGGUCUCUUGAUUCCAAGUACUUAGUAUAUGGAGAGAGUGAAAGUUGAUGCCCCUUCUUGAAGAGGGGAGUGAUGAGGGGAGAGUGCAAUGGAAAGAUCUGGAAGAAUGGCAAGAGGGUCCAAGGGUCUGUCAUCCUUCACCAAGGUUCAAGACAGAGCCUUUUGCUGGGUCACCUCAAUCUGCCAGCAACAGAAGAUGAGUAGCUGUGGGGACAUUUCAUAAAAGCAAGUGGUUUUUUUGUUUUGUUUUGUUUUUUGUUUUUUUUCUAGAGCAGGGCUGUGCACAGUGGCUCACCUCUGUAAUCCCAGCACUUUGGGAGGCUGAGGCGGGAGGAUCACUUGAGCUCAGGAGUUCGAGACCAGCCGGAGCAAUAUAAGGAGACCCCAUCUCUACAAAAAAUUUAAAAAUUAGCCAGGUAUAAUGGUGUGUGCCUAUAGUACCAGCUACUCUGAAGGCUGAGGUGGGAAGAUUGCUUCAGCCCAGGAGUUCGAGGAUGCAGUGAGCUAUGAAUGCAACACUGCACUACAGCCUGGAUGAAAGAACAAGACCCUGUCUCAAAACAUAAAUAAUAAGUAAAAAGAAUAAAAGCAAGAGAUGCACUUGAGAAUCUCCAGCCAGAUCUGUAGCCACUGGGGUUCUCUCCAAGGCUAAACUAUUAUAGGAGGGUGGCCUUGUGUCUCGGUCACCACAGACCACAGCGUUCCAUUCACUCGGGGUUGUGCUGGAGCUGGCUUGUGAGAACUGACUGUUAGCUUCUCUUCUCAACUCCAUGUUUGCCAGUGCCACACUGAUAGCUUGAAAUUGGUUAUUCCUGGAGUGUUUACAUCACAAGGACUAGCAAACUCUACAAAUCAGGGCUUUUGCUCUUGGAGAGCCCGUUGUUAACAUUCACCAGCACACCACAGCAUUCGGCGAUGGCUGGACCAUGGGAUACCGACAUAUGGGGACAUCCUCCUUGGGGAUGAGGGUAGAGCAGGGUGAUCCUUUCACCUCUUCCUUAAGGGAGGGGACAAAAGUUCUGGUCUGGGAAGCACACGUUUUGCUGAUCAGUGUAACCUUGGGCAGGUCACUCCACCACUCCGAGCUUCAUCUGUAAAGUGGGAAUGAUAUCUCCCUCCAGGGCAGAUGUCAGGAUUCAAUGGGAUGAGAUCACAGUAACUGUGAGAGCUCCCAUUACAUGAGGAGUACAAGUGAACUCUUCAUGCGCCCCUUUCUAGCGAGAGGUUAACCAUUAAACUCUCCAGCUUCAGCGCACCCAUUCGCUGUCUACCUGAUCUCCAGGGCCGCUCCCACCUUCCCCUGUGCCUUCCCUCCACUAGUCAGCACCAGGAAAUGUUUUCGAUAACGUUGCAACGGAGCCCUUGUUCAUGCUGCCGCCAUCGGGGACAUGGGGGAUGGGGGCCAGAGGAGACUAUUUCAGUCCUAAAUUGUGCUUAAUAAACCCAUAUCAAAACCAUAAA